AUGAUGAAAAUGGUUCUUUUGUUUUUCUUUGCCUCUGCACUUAUCCUUUCAGUUUGUGAGUCCUAUGAUGUUUCUUUGCAACCUCAUGCUUUAGAUUCCUUUGAUGUUGGUUAUAUCCAGAUGAAAGGUGCUCAAAACUGUUCUUAUUUGGUGAUGAUUACAACAAGCUGUUCUUCUCCAAAGUUUAAUAUUGAUGAGAUCAGUAUUGCUUUUGGAGAUGCUAAUGGAAACCAGGUAUACGCAGCAAAACUAGACGAUUCACUUUCAAGAACAUUCGAGCAAUGUGCAUCAGAUUCAUUUCAAAUAGAUGGUCCAUGUGUAUCACCAAUUUGUUCACUCUAUCUAUACAGAAAAGGUUCAUCAGAUGACUAUGGUUGGAAGCCAGAAAGUGUGAAAAUCUAUGGAUACAAUUCAGAUCCUGUUACUUUUACUUUUAACACCUCCAUUCCUAAAGAUGUAUGGUAUGGAUAUAACUUGUGUGAUACUCCUCCUCCUCCUCCAUCUUCUUCCAUUCAAAUGUCUGUUCAGAAAUGGGUUUUGUUUGUAAUGGUUUUAGGUUCUGUUUUUAGUAUUUGGAUGUAA